AUGGAAUUUAACCACAAUAUAAAUAGAGGCUUUUCAGCCUUGCGUGAUAUAUCUGCCACGCAAAUGAAUGAUUUGCUAAAUUUUGAUAGCCCUCCAGAAACUCCUCUAGAUCCUUCACAAAUGCAACUCAGCACUAAAUCGCUAAAUAAUGAUGAUUGUGAGGAGCGUAUGCAAGAAACUGCAACCGAAUGCAGUCUUUUGCGUUUUAAUAAUCAACCUUUGCCUUCACAAUUGGAAUCCCAAUUAGACUUCUCCAUAUUUAAUAGACGAACGGAUGAUGAUCAUGAGGAUGAUGACGGUGUUUUGCUACAAUCCUGGUCUUUGUCAAAUGAUAGUGUUGACAAAGAAAACGGGCAGAUACAAGACAAACCCAAUACCGAAGCUCCCAUUAUAUCCACGCAAGAAUUGGAGGAUAUGCUAUUGGAUAUAAAUGAUUUUCCGGAAAUGUCAGAGGCUAACAAGCCCGCUCCAGAGAAAACUCCUCAUACUCCAUUAAACUACUCUCAAAUCGCCCAAAACAUCAGUGAUUCCGUUAUAAUAACCUCACCAGAAAUAGAGCAGAUCAUUUUGGAAGAUACCGAAUAUUUUAAUACAUGCCAUGACAAAACCUUUGUCACUGAUCUACAAAAUAGUAGUCCUAGAAAUGGAAGCAGUGUUUCAGAUCCUUUGAAAUGUAUUGAUAAAGGCAAUCAAUCGCCAGAGUUCUCCUCACAAGAAAUUAACAUUGACAUGUCACGACCACUGGACAUCGAUUUUAGCACAAAGGCUAUUGAAAUAUCCAGCAAGGCAAAGGAUGGCAUAGUUCACACAAAAGUUACUUAUACCUCAACAAAGAGUAUACAUUAUUAUGCCCCUACGGCUAUGGACGAUGACUUUGAAAUGGAGUCUUUGGAUGACAUGGAUUUUAAUCAAUUAAACGAGCUGGAAAAGGCAUUUGCCAACAAAACUGAUAAUAUUACCAGAGCACAGCAAAUAAAUAAAGAAAGGAAGUGUGAAACCCAAUUGGAAUUGAAUACUGUCCGUCCAAGUAUUACCGAAAAAAUUGUAGCAUCUUGUCCAGCGCCUCUUCUAAAGCCAAUAGCCUCUUCUCCCACCGUAAGCACCCAUCCCAUGGAAUUCCUGGAGAUAAACUUUAGCAAUUCAACAUCAAGUGAAAAUAACAAAACCGACCACAGCCAACCUUCUUCUACGCAGAAUAAUCCAGGCAAAGAUUUUAGCUUUUCUCCGUUUUUAAAAAUGACACAAUACUCGGAAAUAUCGAAAGAUAUACUACAAUUUUCCCAAGCUUCAAUACCAGAAACAUAUCAUCAGGAAAAUGUCCAAAAAGAUAAAGGAAAUAAAAUUAACCCACAAGCUAGCAAAAGUCGCUCAGACGGAGACUCCACAAUAACUCUGACGUCCAAAGGCAGUAAAACUGAUACUUCUUCUUCCUCAAUUUUGAGGAUAAAUAGUUCAACUACAGAUGCCACCAUGAUACCCUCGUCUGUAAAACAACUAUACGAUGUGAUUAAGGAACAGUAUUCAGAUUUUUCAUUUUUAUAUGCCUUGAGCACUCAGUUAUGUCAGGAUCGAGUGCCCAUGGAUUGUUUUAUAACACUGAAAAUGGGAUUGCUUUUAAGUUUGGCCUCGAUAGGGCCAAAUCCCCAUUUGCCACCCAUACACAUAAUUGCUGUUGGCAAUGAUACCUAUAUGGCUAAUUAUCUAAUGACCACUGUGGGACAAUUGGCUUCUAGAUUUGUGGGUCCCACUGAGGAUACCAAACCACCUUCGAGUAAUGGCUAUCGCAACCACCAAUGGAUCGAGGCUGAUCCUAUUCUGUUGGCCCAGGGUGGGGUUUAUUAUGUAGGUGAUUGGUCUCGCUUAAAGCUAUUGCGAGCCGAUCGUCUUUACAAAGAUAUUGAAUCAUCCAUGGUAGCUGUGGAUAACAGCAAUCAUCAGUAUCCUUUGCAGACGGCUAUUUGGGCUCAUUGGCGUUCGUUUAAAUACAAUUCCAAAGAUGAGCAAAUGUUUAAUAAGUUUGUCAAAAUUUUUGGUAUUCCCAUAUAUGUGGCUGAGGAUAAUCAUGAAGCUUUGGUAAACUAUACUCUCGAUCAAGCAUCGAUUCACCUCUUUGAAUCUACAAUAGAUCAUUUAUCCAUCAGCACGGAAGAUAUGAGCAAUUUUUUGGUUCAUGUUUCACAGCGUCAUGUUGACCAUACUCCAGAGGCAGCCACAUUAUUGCAAAAAUAUUUUGUAGCCUCACGCACAGCAAGACCAGAUUGCCUUACAAAACAGGCUCUCAUUAUAUUAAAACAAUUUUCCGAAUCAUUUGCCAAACUCUCACUGCGUCAUGAAGUGCUGGUCAUUGAUGUUGUUUCGGCCAUUAUUUUAUGCGAACAUUCCAUAGAGCAUAUUUUCGGAGCAGUUGAUACACCGCCACCACAUUUUGGGGCUGUGCCUUUUGUAGGAGCUGUGGAUGAAUAUCUGAUACAAUUUCAACAAUGGCUGGAUGCAUAUAUAGAAAAAUUUAGCAAGGAAUAAUUAGGGAAAGGUAGGAAUUUGAUGCCAAUAUGAACACUUUAAGUAAAUAUUUCUUCCGGAAUAUUUUUCUAAAUUAUCAUGAAUUUUGUUUAUUUGUGUAGC